GGCGUCCCGGGGGCCUCGGGGGCCUCGGAGCAAGAUGGCGGCAGUGGGGUCCGUGAGGCGCGGGCGGCGGCGACCGCGGCGCCUGUGAGGGGCCCGGGGGCCCGGGCGGCUCCGGGCCGGGGUCCCGCCGCGGGACGGACCAUGCUACGCUCCACUGGCUUCUUCCGGGCUAUCGACUGCCCCUAUUGGGCGGGGGGUCCCGGGGGACCCUGCCGGCGGCCCUACUGCCACUUCCGACACCGUGGGGCCCGGGUCCCCGGACCCCCCGGCGGCGGCGGAGCGACGCCCCCGGGAGCAGGCCUUGGUUACGACCCAUAUAACCCUGAACUGCCCAAGCCCCCAGCACAGCGGGAAAAUGGCAUGCUGGGCUGCGGUGAUGAGUCACGCUCAGACAUCUUGGAGCUGGAGCUGGUCAACCAGGCCAUCGAGGCCGUGCGCAGUGAGGUGGAGCUGGAGCAGCGGCGCUACCAGGAGCUCCUGGAGACGGCCCGAGAGUAUGGAGCAGCUGAGCCCAGUGCCGGUGGGACCUCUGCCCUGGCACCCCGCGGCCCAGUUGCCAGCCCCUCCACGGGCCUGGACGAGGGCGCCUUUCCACUGGCUUUUACCUAUACCCCUGGAAGCCAUGGCCUGCUUACCCCUGAAGCCGGCUACCAGCCCACCCCACUGGCCCCUGCAGAGCCGGGCAGCAAGUACUCCCUAGAGUCUCUGGAGAGGGGCCAGGGCAAGGCAGGGGGUGCCCUGGAGUACGUUCCCAAGGCCGUGGGCCAGCCCCAGCGGUAUGGCCGACCCAUGGCCAGUAGCAAGUAUGUAGUGGACAAUUCCAAGCCGUCCACAGACCUGGAGUACGACCCACUUUCCAACUAUUCAGCCCGGCACCUUAGUAGAGCCAGCUCCAGGGAUGAGAGGGCAACCAAGCGGCCCCGGGGCCCCCAUGGCAGCGAGCCCUACAUGCCUGCUGUCAAGAAGCCCUGUGACCCCUUCAGUGGCUGUGACGCCAGGUUCUCAGACUCAGAAGAUGAUACUACCGUGCCCCCAGGUGGCGACAAGCCUGUCGUAGCCAGCGCCCCCAAGGCCGGGGCUGGCUCUGAGAGCAAGGCCACCGGGAAGCCGUCCUCCAGGGAGGGCCUGGAGCCUGAGGAGGGCAGCCUGCGGGAGACCAAGGAGAUAGCUGUGCAGUAUGACGUUGGGGACCUCGGGCAGUCCCCAAAGGACCUGGAUGUGGUGCCCCCAGCCAAGCCCAGUUCCCCGACCAGGGCCUUGCAGGAUGGGAGCUGCCCCAAGGAGGACAGAGCCAAGAAGAAGAAAUGUGGGACUCCACCCACCCCCAGCCACAAGGACAAAUCCCGGAAGAAAGACAAGACAAAGGACCGGGACCGAGGGCAGGCCCAGGAUAAGUCUGGGCCGGAUAAGAGGAGCUUGCUGGCCAGCAGCCCCCAGCACAAGGCUGAGAAGCCGAACGGGACCAAGAAAAAGCCAUCUUCAGCCACUCCAGUGGCCAGCUCAGGGAAAGGGAAGCCCCACCACCCAACUACUGGGGGCCCCUGGGCCCAAGACUCUCAUCCUGGCCCCCAGCAGCUGCCAGACAGGAGGGGCAGUGAGAAGGCUCCAGCGGGCAAGCUAGGGGAGCGCAAGGCCCGCUCGCUGGACGAGGGUGCCUCCCAGGAUGCCCCCAAGCUGAAGAAGAGGGCCCUGAGCCAUGCUGAGCUUUUUGGGGACGAAAGCGAGGACGAAGACACGGGCCCAGGGUCUGGGACCCCACAGGUGUGGCCCCCCACGCUCCCCAGCCUCAGUUCAGACUCAGAUUCGGACUCAGACUCGGAAUCCAGCCUGGGCGUCUCCGAGGUGCAGGUGCCCAAGCGGCUCAAGUCCUCUCCGCCACCUACGCCCACCCUCACCCCCACGCCCCCAGCCACCUCAACUACAGCCUCAGCCACCGCCACCACAGCCUUGUCCUCAUCCUCCUUGUCAUCCUCCUCUUCCCCGGGGGCCGAGGGAGAGUCUGAGGAGGACGUGGACUACUCAGCCCUGGAGAAGGAGGUCGACUUUGACUCAGACCCCAUGGAGGAAUGUCUUCGGAUCUUCAACGAGUCCACCAGCGUGAAGACAGAGGACAAGGGCCGGCUGGCGCGGCAGCCCCCCAAGGACGAGAAGAGCGAGGAGAAGGGGCACGCGGGCCUGACCACCCUGUUCCCGGGGCAGAAGAGGAGAAUCUCACAUCUCGCCAAGCAAGGCAAGGAGGUAGAGCCCCCGAGGAGGGGCCCGGCGACAACCCCAGCCCGGCUCCCAACCGCGCAAGAAGUGUGCUACCGGAGGGCCCAGCAGGCACAGAGGGAGUCGGCCAGCUGGCUACAGGCUGCCCCACGACAGCCAGAGAAACUCGCCUCUGUCCACAUCUCUGCCCCCGGGGAGAAGAGGAGGAUCGCCCAUGUGCCCAACCCCCGCUUGGCCACGGCCCCUACAGGUGCCAAGAGGACUCUCUCGGCCAGCAGCAGCCAGGCGCCCCAUGGCCCCGAGUCCGGCAGUCAGCCGCUGAAGACCCGCACAUUGUCGGGGAUGGCGUCCAAGACCACCACCACCAUCACCCCUAAGCGCAUCGCCCACAGUCCAUCUCUCCAGAGUCUAAAGAAACCCAUUAUCCCGAAGGAGUUUGGGGGCAAGGUCCCCACCGCCAUCCGCCAGCGCUAUCUCAACCUGUUCAUCGAGGAGUGCCUCCGCUUCUGCCCGUCCAACCAGGAGGCCAUUGAGAAGGCGCUGAAUGAGGAGAAGGUGGCAUACGACCGCAGCCCCAGCAAGAACAUCUACCUGAACGUCGCCGUCAACACCCUCAAGAAGCUGAGGGGUCUGGUCCCCAGCACCAUGCCCAGCCUCAGCAAACCCAGUGGCCGCAGGGUCGUGUCCCAUGAGGUAGUGCUCGGGGGCAGGUUGGCCGCCAAGACCAGCUUCUCACUCAGCCGGCCCAGCAGCCCCCGUGUGGAAGACCUGAAAGGGGCCACCCUGUACAGCCGCCUCAGGGACUACCUGCUUACCCAGGAGCAGCUCAAGGAGAAUGGCUACCCCUUCCCCCACCCUGAGCGGCCAGGGGGCGCCGUUAUCUUCACAGCUGAGGAGAAGAAGCCCAAGGACUCCUCCUGCAGAAUCUGCUGCCGCUGUGGCUCUGAGUACCUCGUGUCCUCCUCCGGGCGCUGUAUCCGAGACGAGGAGUGUUACUACCACUGGGGGCGGCUCCGCCGGAACCGAGUGGCCGGGGGCUGGGAGACCCAGUACAUGUGCUGCUCAGCCGCCGUGGGCUCCGUCGGCUGUCAGGUGGCGAAGCAACACGUGCAGGAUGGCCGGAAGGAGAAUCUCGAGGGUUUUGUGAGGACCUUUGAGAAGGAGCUUGCAGGGGACGCCCACGCAGGGAUCUACGCCCUCGACUGUGAGAUGUCUUACACCACAUACGGCUUGGAGCUGACCCGCGUCACAGUGGUGGACACGGACAUGCAGGUGGUGUAUGACACGUUCGUCAAGCCUGAGAAUGAGAUUGUGGACUACAACACCAGGUUCUCCGGGGUGACAGAGGCCGACCUCGCAGACACGAGCAUCACGCUGCGGGAUGUGCAGGCCGUCCUGCUGAGCAUGUUCAGUGCUGACACCAUCCUCAUCGGGCAUAGCCUGGAGAGCGACCUGCUGGCCCUCAAGGUCAUCCACAGCACCGUGGUAGACACGGCCGUGCUGUUCCCCCACCGCCUGGGCCUCCCCUACAAGCGCUCCCUCCGGAACCUCAUGGCCGACUACCUCAGACAGAUCAUCCAGGACAACGUGGAUGGGCACAGCUCCAGCGAGGAUGCCAGCGCCUGCAUGCACCUGGUGAUCUGGAAGAUUCGGGAGGAUGCCAAGACCAAGCGAUGACGCCGCCUCACCCGCCCCGUGCCACCCGCCCCCUGCGCCGCCCCCUCCAGCCCCAGGCCUCUUCCAAAACAGUGCAAUAAAUCUGAGAGCUAACGCUGUGCGCCUGGCCGCCACACCGAAACGAGCAACAGGUGGACAGGCAGGACGGACGCUGAGGCAGGCCUGGAAAGCCCCACCCCUCCCCUCUGCUCCCGUUCCCAGUGCGGGGCAGGGUGGUGUCGUGGGCAAUGGGCUGUCCCUUUUUUUUUGUAUUAUUUUUAUUAUUUUUUAAUUUAAACCUGUUGACUUGCGCAGUUUCGUCCCCCCCCAGGAGCAAGGCCCUGGUGCUGCUUUCCUCCUUGGGGAUGGGCGCGGCCGUGAGCCAGACCCAAGUGGGGUGCAGUGUCUCUGCCUUCUGGCAGCCUGCCUUGGGGUGACGGCCUCACCCCAGUCUCCUCCCAGCCCACUGACUUCCUUCCGUGACCUCCAAGAAGCAAGCCAGUCUGGCCCGGGGCCUCGCCUUCCAGACGCACCGGGGCCUGAUGGCCUGGGGACACUGUCUUCCCACGGGAGCCCCCCUCCCGGGCUCUCUGUGCCCCCCCCCAUGGCCCCUGGCAGGGACGGAAUAAAUGUUUGUAUGAAUUUUA